GAUCCAAUCGUCGCGACCCCUCAUUCUGGAUGCCUGUUGUUUCGAAACACGGACAGGCCAUGAAACGGCUGCCAUCAGCGUUCGCCGCGUUUCAGGUGAACCACGCCUCCUCCACAACGCUAGCCUGAUUUCUGAUCGCUGCAGCUGAGGCUGAGAAUAUGGCUAGGUUUAUAUAGCCGACGAUGGAGGCAUCGUAGGUAUUUUGGUUAGGACGACGUUCUUCAACUACCAGCGCAGCGCGCAUUGAAUACAUUUCUUUCCUGUACAUCUUUUCCUCUUCUACAUCAUGAGCGGUUACGAACACUCCAGCGCUGGCUCGCUGUAUACAUACGAUACCAAUGAGGAUUCUGGUUACGACGCCUUCGACACUGCGUUUUCAGCAUGGGGCUACAUGGAGGAUCAGCCCAACAUUGCCAACAAGUAUCAACAAAGCCCUAUCGAGGGUCUGCAAAAUCUUCCUCGACAAUGGCCGACCGCAAACACCGUACGCCAGCCCUUCGCUCCAUCGCAACACCUCUCAGCUUCGAGCUUCUCGUCGGCAAUGUCAAGCUAUCGAUCGUCGGGGAACAGCAGCUUCUCGCAGACCCCUCUUCGAGACUCAAUGUCAUCGUCCAUAUCAGGCUACUCGAACACGUCCGAUAUGUCAAGGAAUCAACACUUUUCGAUGGCUGAACAUCUCUUGUGUCACGGGCCCGUCGAACCAACUCUCUACGACUCUAGUCCAACGGAAGAGCGCUGCCAACGGCCUACAAAGGGAAAAUCUCCCAAGAAACCAGUCACACAAGAGAAAGAUUACUUCAAGACGUGCGUUUCAGCAAGCAAACAAUCCCGGGUCUGCAGCAAGAAACACAAGUACUUCUGCACCAGCUGCGAACGACCUUUCGUCGAGAAGGCGGACUGGAAGCGCCACGAAGAAACCUAUCAAGAGCGUCCGGAGAUGUUCACGUGCGAUCUCUGCGACCACAUAUAUUUCCUCGCGAAAGACUUCACGAAACACCACGCUCAAGCCCAUCGAUGCACGUCUUGCGCCGAGGUUGGCCGUGGUAAGAAAACUCACGCGCUGUCUGCGAAAAGGAGACGUAUGAUACGGACGGGCUGGGGCUGUGGGUUCUGCUGCCACUUUAGUACCGACUGGACGGAACGAUGCGAUCAUGUUGCGAGGCAUAUGGAGAAAGAUGGAUUGACAGCGAAGGAAUGGAAGCAUACUAACGUCAUCUACUCUUUACUUCAACGACCGGGUAUAUACCACGAGUGGUUACGACUAUCUCGUGCACUGCCAAGUCUUACGGGCUGCGGAUGGAACCGAACUACCACUGGACGCGUCGAAGGCUACCCAGAGAGCAACCUUACUCCUCAGCUUCAAGACUACCUUGAGUACUUCACAUCGGAUCAAGACGCGGCGGCCGUGGCGCAGAUGGCUUAUAGGAAAUUAAAGAAGGCUUCUGCGCCUCCCCCUGUUCCACCCAAAGACUACCCUGCUGCGUCGGUGCGGAAUUGGGAUGUUGAGAUGUAUCCCUGGGGACAACUUACGAAUUCGGUUGUUGAAGACGAUGUACUGCCUACUGGCAUCAGCCGCUUAGAUGGAUGGUAUGCUGGGUCAUGAUCUUUUGAGCAACUCACAUUAUGCGAGGUCUAAUGUAUAAUGAGCAUAUAGUGAUGCUGUCUAGAAAGAUAUCGAACGAUCGCGUGAGAGAGAUAAUUUUGAGAUCUGAUCUCAGGACGCGGCCGUAAUCUUCGUGUAUCAUAGGCUGCAUGCCUUAUGCAGCCCCGGUGUCUCAAACCACACCCCUCUCACCUUGGAUCUACCAAACACCCCAACCUUCCUAUCCCCUACCACUUGUAAAUCUC